UUUUGACGUAAUUAAUAAAUAAAAUGUCUCGAUCAAAGAGAAAUGCAAGUAGUUGGUUACGAUCAUCCUUUGAUUUUGAUGCAUUUGAUGAGGAUUUUUCAAAAAAAAAAUGUAUAUCUGAUUUCAUCGAGGAUAAAAACAAAGAAACUGAUUUUACAUAUCACAAUGCAAAUGUUUUACAAAAAAAAAAAAAUAAUUUAUCCGCUCUACUUUCUACGUGCGCACCCCAAAAGUCAUCAGAAUUAGCAGUUAGUAGACAGAAGCAGCAAGAAAUCUCAAGAUGGUUCGACAACAAAGUGCAAAAGGGAAAGCCAAGCAUUUUAAUCAUUUCUGGCCCAUCCGGUUGUGGGAAAACCGAAGCCCUUAAGGUUAUCGCUAAAGAACAUAAUUUUGACGUUAUCGAAUGGAUAACACCAAUCGAUCAAGUUACAAAUGAAAACACGGAUGAAAUUGUACGACAAGGAGAGAUAUUCGAAGACUUUCUCAUAAGAACUACGCGCUAUAGUUCUGUAUUAUCAAGUUAUUCUAGACGUUUAUUAUUGGUUAAAGAGUUACCAAACACUUACAUAGAGGAAAAAGAUGAUUUUACAAAGUUACUCAAAAAAUAUUGUCAGUAUGGACGAGAACCAUUAGUUUUUAUCAAUACAGAAACAAGCAAUUCCAAAUUAUUAACUACUUUAUUCUCUCAAACUAAUCGUGAUACUUUUGCAAUUGAUUUUAUAAAUAUAAAUGCAGUCACCCAAACAGCUUUAAAAAAUAUAAUGAAACGAGUAUCAACUAUUUUAAAUACAAAGGUUGGUUAUAUGUUAAAUAUAACUCAAAAUAGAAUAGACGAAGUAUUAUCAAAUAGUAUUGGGGAUGUUCGAAGCGCUUUGUUAAACUUAAUUUUUUAUUCUUUAAAAGUUGAACAUAAGUCUGAGAACGAAUGCAAUGUGAGAGAAGAAACACUCGGCCUUCUUCAUGCGAUCGGUCGAGUUAUUAAUCCAAAAAAAAAUGUAAAUGGAUGCUCUUGGCAAUUCGUUCACAAUCCAGAUGAUUUGGCAUCGUGUUUUCACACCCAGGCUAAUACAUUUAUCCGAUUCGUACAUGAAAAUUACAUGAAUACAAUAGGAUCUAAUCUUGAUUCUGUGGCCAUGGCUGUGGAUGUUAUAAGCUUAGCUGAUGUAUUGAGUUCAGAAUGGAAGGAUAAUGACAUACAUAAAUUAGCGCUUUCCUAUUGUGUUCGUGGUGUAAUGAUCGCUAAUAAGAAACCCGUUUCCCAAUGGAAUCCAGUGCGAAAGCCAGCGAGCUUCGAAUUUAAUAUACAAAGAAAUUAUGCCGCAGCGGAAUUUCAGUGGUAUAAAAAGUACAUUAGUCCGAAGCUAGAAAAGCAAACCGAUGUAGAAGAGCUCUCUGAAUCAUUUAUUGAAGAAAUCGUUGAUUAAUAGCAAUACAUUUAAUCAAUGAGAAUAAUUAACUGAUAUUAUUACGCGGUAAAUAUAAUUUAAGAAAUAAAUAAAUAAAGGCAAAACAUUGUUUAAAAUUCAGUUAUU